AUGCAAGCUGCAAAGAUCCUUAUUGUGUUGAUCGUUGGGUAUGUUGCCCGCCUACAAGCUGUGUCCCUGCCAGAGAGAUCCAGCAACCUUCAAACUCGCUGGAACUGGAAAUAUAACCGAUGUAAAAAUGGUGGUACACGCAUAACAACAUUCAAAGGUUGGAGGUUAAAAUCCAAUACACAGAGGGGACCUCAGUUCACAUGUUCCUGUCCUGAGAGGUUUUAUGGGAAUGUAUGUCAGUUCCAUGUAUGCGACCAUCAUGAUUGUCAGAAGGGAGCGUGUGAGGCAGAUAAGACCAAUGCACGUGGUUACAAAUGUAACUGUAUGGAAGGUUACAAAGGGAAGAAUUGUGAAGUUCAUGUAUGCGAUCAACAUGUUUGUCAGAAUGGAACUUGUGAGCCAGUUACAUGUAAGACCAGUACACGUGGUUACAAAUGUAACUGUAUGGAAGGUUACAAAGGGGAGAAUUGUAACGUCCCUGUAUGCGAUCAACAUGAUUGUAAGAAUGGAACUUGUGAUGCAGAUAAGACCAGAACACGUGGUUACAAAUGUAACUGUAUAGAAGGUUAUGAAGGGGAGAAUUGUGAAGUCCAUGUAUGCGAUCGGCAUGAUUGUAAGAAUGGAACUUGUGAAUCAGAUACGACCAGAACACGUGGUUACAAAUGUAACUGUUUGGAAGGUUAUGGAGGGGAGAAUUGUGAAGCAACGGCAAGGGAAAUAACUGCUCAUGCGCAAUCGAGUGAUUCUGGGGACCGGCAUACUAGAAACUUCCCAAACUAUCUUUUCAAAAACCUCUGGUCCAGCAAAGAUGAAACUCUUGUGGAAUCCUCUUCAGGUCGUGUAGAUUGA